GAUCAAUUGAGGCCGAAGGAUUGUUGUGAGAAUGAGAUCGACGAGAAACUCAAGGAUGAAUUUUGUAUUUUAGUCGUAAUACCUUGGAAUCUGGUUGCUUCUCAAGCUAGUUUAGAAACAGCACUUUGCAAUGCAAGUAGCAGAGCUGCAAAUAACUAACUCUCCUUUCGGAGCCAUGCUCGAUCGCAACGCAAACACGGCCGAGGCAGACUUCAUGAGUUCAGCGCUGAUAACUUUGACAUCAACAUCCACAASUSCGAAUACUGACAUUCAAAUGGGAUUAGAUAGCGAAGAAAGUGAAAACUCUAAUCCAGAGUUGGAAAACGCGUUGGAGUCCUCAAUCAGUGAAAAGAUUCAAGGCAAGAUAACAAAAAUACUGGAGGAAGUUCAACAACUUUCUGAUACUGAGAAACUGCUUCUGUAYUUACGUCUUCCAGGAGAGACUUGCUCUGAACUGAAAGAUGAGUUUGACCAGUGCCAGACUCUUCCAAUUUCAACAACAMGGGCAGAGCAGACCCAAGCUUUUCAUUGGAUACGCUGCCACCUUGAGGAAUGCGACAACAACUCAACUYUGCCUAAACAUGAAGUUUACGAUGAAUACAAAGCCUAUUGCGAGAGCAUGAAUGCAGCAAGGACACUUAGUGCUCCUGACUUUGGAAAGAUCAUCAAAUGCGUUUUUCCUCGAGUYAAGGCAAGGAGACUGGGCACAAGAGGGAAUUCUAAGUACUGUUACAGUGGAAUUCAAAGGAAAAAGAACGUCAAGCCUCCAACUUUGCCGUCUUUGCAGAUCCCUUCACCAAGUGAUAAAGACAAGAACAACUCAAACAACAGCAAUGGAAUCAAUGGCGGCGACAAGAUUGAAGAAGACCAGACUUUAUCAGCGGCUUGCCUUUUGGUUUGCGAGUGGGCGAACAAGCUUCUUGGCCGCGUAUUUACAACACUUAUUGAGCUUGCAAGAUUCCUCGUAGGCGGGAGCUAUGUAUCGAGCAAAUCCAUGGCUGCUUUUGUCGUCAUGUCCAAUAAUGACAACGUCACGCAUCCUCAGAUUAAUCACAUUGCUAAUUCACUGUUCUCGCCUCAAAAACACGAAGCGCCUCUAAUAAUACAAAAGCGAAAACCAGCCCAUUCGUUUCCAAAGAAAAUCCCAGCACCCAGGCCACCUCAGACGCUAACCCAUGGCUCGUCAAAUCCGAUUUUACCAAAAACGCAGACUCAGCAACAUAGUCCACUCCACAAGCAGCACAUACAGCCAAAGACUUCAGKGUCUGCUGGGCAGAUUCAAUUCUAUCAGUCAUCACAUUCUCAACUGUCAACCCCCAGUACACCCCCCACGGGAUAUCAAAAGAUGCGUCCUCCUACUCCCUCRUUGAUGUCACCGACUGGAUCAAACCAGGGUCAUCCUCAAACUCCCUCGCCCUUCCAGGCGUCGCCAAAGUUUAGUGCCCCGGGUACACCUCAUAGCAGACCAAUAACACCAAGUUCUAGUGUAAGUCAAUCCAGACARCAGUCCAUAGAACCAACACGAUUCCUCUUYACUCCGAUACCGAACGAGCAAAAGCCCCCAAAGACCGAGACUAGUCCACCAACCUUAAGACCUACGGCAACCCACCCUGGAAAUCAAACCCAUGACUGGAAGUCAGGGGGGUCAAAUCAAAACCAGGUGAACGUCAAUGAUAUYCCCGUGUCCCCAAGCAAACAACCUCGCCUGUCUCUGCAGUGUGCUCCGGCCACWCCUACCAGAAGAUCCAACUCGUUUCCUUACCCUGUGACGUCACCACGGACACCACAGCGCCUAGCCAAUCAGCAAUUCGUGACGUCGCCUCCUAUGAUGUCGCCUGGCACACCACGUCCGGUCAUGAAUGUUCAAUCUCCAAGCAUUCAACAGCGAAACACAGAAAUGAUCAUCCUCCAAGGGCAGGAUGGGAUAGGAACGAUGGACGCUAUCGGUGGUAUGCAGCGAAACAGCGAUACAAGUCCAACGCUUCAAGUCACCGAUCAAAUGAUAAAACAGGGGUGUGGCCCAKCCCCUUCUCGUCCAUGUCGAUACAGCUCAAGCUCAGACAAUAGUACAAUGCCUCCAACACCGCUGAGUCAACAGCAAAGUUUUGAUUACUCAUCUGAGCUUGAUACAAUAUGCAACGGUGCUGUUAGCAGCRCAGGCGCCCMAAACUUCCAGAGAAGUCAGUCAGUCCCUCCCCUCCCUCARCACAGUCUUUUAGACAAGCGAUUUCACCCGCUGACWCCACAGACUGACAAUCGAGUACAGCAAACAACACCAUCACCAAUGGAGACGACGAACUCAAACCAGCACUUAAAUAGCUUGAAAGAAUUACGUAAUCGUGUCUUGCACGGUGACGUCAACAACAAUGGCUCCAGAACCAAUGAAAACGCUGCAUUUACAGCGCGAAGAAAUCUCACCACAUUGCUAAACGCAGAAACGGGAAUGAACAAUAACGGCAACGGCCAAACGUUGUGGCCUGCUGAAGGGUCCAGUAGUGAAGAACAGGAAAUGGAAAUGCUAGAGACAAACUUGAACUUUUCUGAUCUUACAAGCGACGGAGAUGCUAGUUUGCCUGACUUAAACGGAUUUGAUGAUGCCACAGCUGAGGCUGUUCUCAGAAACAUUUGCAACAAUACAUCCGGGGUAUGGCCCACUACUGACGUCACUUCUUGGGCUACCCAGCAGCCAUUGCAAAUAAUGGAUUAGCUAUUGACUUGUUUACGCAGUUAUUUUAUCCCGUUCGUUUUAACGUAAGCAGUGCCAAGUUGCGAUCAUUUUCGUGCCAAUGAAAGCGCGCCAGAUUACAGACCCGUUAUUUCUAACUCAUGCGUUCWUAAACAUUGUCAGCGGUGAUUACAGGUCGCAAAUACCGCUGAAAUCACUUUGUAUUUUAUACAGAUCGGAAACUAGCAUCAAGAGGUGAAAUUACAGUGUUUGUGACACAAUAAAAAGUAGAUAUAUGUAUUUUGGAAUAGGAAACUUUUUAAGGUAUUUUGUAUGUCGUGUUUUUUAAGUUGAGUAGUUUUGAUACUAACGUUUUUUAAACUAAGUUAACCCAUUCAUUUGCAUCAGAAGCUGCAAAGGCUUUGAGUAUGGAAUGAGUAGAAAUAAAUAUCAUUUGUAUAGA